GAGAGGGCAGGUAAGAGGUGUGACGUCACACUUCAGAACAUCUAUAAGACGCAGCGCGCGCGGAGAUGAGCAGCUCCUGCAACGAUGGCAGAGUCUGCGUCCGACUCCGAGUCACUGCAUUACUCCAUCGGUAUUUUGGGCAUAUCUGGUGGCUCUUUGCUGCUUCUCGUGGACUACUAUGCCAGCACUCCUGAAAAGGCCUUAAUUCCUGCUACAGCACUGGGGGUUGUGCUGCUCGUUAUCGCUGCCCUGGUGGCCUAUGCAGGAUUGUGUCGGAGUUUGUCCCACAACGUUCUCUAUACCACACUUUGUCUGACCGUGUCAGCUCUGUGGUGUGGCUCAGGGCUUGUUCAUAUACUCGCAGGGGAAGGUAUAAUCAGUGAAGGAAAUGGGCUGAGAAAUGCCAUGGUACCAGGGCUUGCUGCUUUUACUUUGGCAUUGCUUAUCAUUAGUUUAGUGUCUGUUCUACAUAAAAGCUUCUUCCUGUGCUUUAUUUCCCUCUCCAUAUGUUUGGCAUGUGCACAUGAAAUCGCUGGUCUGGUGAAAGUAAACUUUGGCCAGUCAGCCACUGCUGCCUGUUACCUCUUGGUCUGUUUUGUCUGUGCCUACUUUGGCAGCGGGCGUCUGUUUUUCUACAUCUCACAGGGUAAGAUUAAUCUACCAGGGACAGGUCUGCUGAAUAAAAACAGUCAGCAGUCAGCACAGGCUCAAGAACAAAACAAUGUAAUUGCUGUGGGUUUGGUAAUGAACUUGUUGUCAGCUAGUGUGCUAGCUUGUCCACUGCUUGGUGUGGUCCCUGAGCUUUUCUCUGGCCAUGUCCCAUGGCUUUGGACAGCUGGUGUCUUCCAGCUAGGUGUGACUGUCCUCUCCUACAGAACCAUGGACACCUUGGCAGCAACCUUCUAUGGCUUCACAGCUAUAUUAAAGUUUUCUGAAGGGUAUAGUGCGCUAGUGAUGGACUUAACAAACCAAGUGCCAUAUUCCCCAGUACCUUUCCCCACUGUUUUUGCAGUGCUCUUUUUUGUCCUGGCUUUGUUUAGCUGCACCAGAAGUUUAGUUGACGGCCUGUACCUGCUCUUCUUCGUGGCUUACUCUAUAGCAAUCGCUGCACAACCCAGAGGCUUUUUCCAGGGGGGCACACAAGGUGUGCAAGCAGCUAUAUUUGUCGCAUCUGCCCUCAUGCUUCUGGUAACUCUGUAUAACCAAGUUUCUCAAAAGAAGAUUCCCACAGGUGAAAGUGUCCUCAAGAAUCUUCUGGCUCGCAGCAAUAAAUUUACACUACGGACACAGGACAAAAACCUGCAUGAUCCCUAUUUAGGUUACUCCAAAUAUGCAGAUGCUGAGGUGUUGGGCCAUGGUUGUAGUGUGCUGGCAGCUUUUGCCAUCACUGCUAGUGUGGCUAAUCAGGACCCCUUGGCAGUUCUGAUUUUGCCAUGGGCUGUUGUCUCAGGUGGUGUCCUGCAGUUGCUUUGUGGCUCAGUUGCUUUUGCUCGAGGUAAGACCCUAGAAAGCACCACCUUCAUAUUCUAUGGCAUCAUGUGGACAGUGUGGGGCCUGACACGUUUUGGUGGUCUCUAUGGUGAUGUCCGUGGGUUCAACAUAGCAGUGGGAAUUAUCAGCUUCAUGGUUUUUAAUAUACUUGUGGCUGUUGGAACCCUGUUCCUGAAUAUAGCAUGGUUUGUCUAUGCAGUUACCUUUGAGCUCAUUCUCAUUAGUUUCCUGUUAGAUGCAUUGGGAGUGCUGCCCUAUGGUUAUGACAUUGGUGUGACCAUUAUCUUUGGUCUGGUUAGCUUCUACUUUUUCUUGGCCAAUAUACUGAACUGCACCUUUGAGAGUCUGCAGCUUCCCUUUGGUGGUCCUCUGAUCAAGUGGAAAGGAUUUGGUGGAGGCAGGGACAGCUGUCCACACCUUCCUGCCAGGAAGGUCUCAUCAGUGAAGCAGAUUGCAGACAUUAUGAAGAAUGGAGGAAUAUGCGGAGUGCCCACCGACACGGUCUAUGUGCUUGUGGCAGCUUGCAAUCGACCGGAUGCAGUUGAGAAAGCUUAUAAGGUGAAGAAACAGGCACAAGAGCGUCCAAUGUCAUUAUGGCUCUCUUCCUUGAAACAGUUAGAACCAGUCAAACAACAGAUCAAUCCACUUCUCUGGGACUUCAUGGAGGUGGCUUGGCCAUCAUCAAUUAGCCUGGUCAUUCCUAGAGCCCCUUGGAUGGAAUACUUUGGUUUACAUGAUUCAUCAAAAUAUAUUGGCACACCGCAAAGCAUAGCCAUCAGAAACCCAGAUUGCACUGUUGUAAACCACCUAAUUAGCUUGGUGGGCCCUAUUGCUGUUACUUCAGCAAAUCCGACAGGUGAAGCAGACACAACCCAUCAUAACCAGGUGUACGCUAAGCUGGGUGACAAGGUUGAUGGUGUGUUAUGUGAUGGGCCUUCACCAGAGAAUAUUGCCUCCACUGUCGUGGACUGCACCAAGAUCGACAGUGGUCAAAUUGGCUUUUUCAGAGUCGGCCUUAUUCCUAAGUCUAAGGUCCUGCAGCUAUUCGAGGAAAUUCAGAAAAGACAUCAGAAUGGCCACUUGAAUGUUGGCUUUGAGGCUGACAUCACUGAUACUCAAAGUGACAGCACAGAACCAACAACUCAAACAGGUUCUGAAAUAGAUUCGGGUUUAAGUCAGCCAACCCCCGCAGACUCGUUGAGUUCACUAGACCUCAGCCAACACGGCAACAUGGAUGAUGAAGAUGAAUCAUAGAGCUGGACUCUGUGUAUUGACAGCUUUCAAUAUGUAAACAAUAAACCUGUAAAUAUCACAUUCCAUAUUGUACAAUUAUAGCAAAAGGUAACAAAAUGACAAUAAAAAAAACCACCCACUGAAAUGAUACAAUA